AUGGCGACAGGGCAACUAUCCGUCCUUCCACCAGAGAUUCGAGCCAUGGUCUGGAAGUUUUCGCUUCCUGAUGACGUAUCUGAGGUCUGCAUCUUCCAGAAGCCGUCGAUAUUUGCCACGUCGGUAUUUUCUACCUUAGUGGUCGACACUGCUUUUCCAGCCUUGGUACAUGUAUGUCGCGAAACCCGUCACUUCGUCUUCAACACCAAAAUCAGUGGUAUUUCGUUUCGUUACUCCGACCGCGCUGGCUGCGACACGCCCUAUCGACCCUUCCGAAACGAACUUGAUACGUUGCUCAACGCAUAUGGUUCUGGUAUCAACCACAUUCCAACUAAUGUCGACUCCACGGUAGAGACAAUGGCUUCAGCUCACAAUAUCGGUGAUAUAGACGCCAUCAGAGAGGUGUCAGAGCUGUCUUACAUAGUCAGCAGCUUUCCAGAUUUGGAGCAUCUGGCGGUGCGAGUACCGGCAAGGCGCAUGCACAUCCUCCAAGUCUUUAUACGGGAAAUAUUGCACCACUUCUUGCCUCGACUGAAAACUGUUACAUUUGUCACUGUGCAAGCCACUAGUACUGUUCAAGCCACUGAUACUUUGCAAGCCACUGGUACUGGUGGUCCACUGCUACUCCCAGACUUCCAGCCGCCCGAGGGCAGGUGCAAACUGCAUCGAUUCUCUACGAAAGAGAUGGAGCACCUUGCAAUCAAGACACGCCAAGAUGACAUCCAGAGCAUGGAUGAUUUGAUUGCCAGCGUAGUAUUGGACUCUAUGAAACUUCGAGCGUUCGUCGAUGCCACCAAAGCAAAGUACAAAUCGUCACUGGCCAAAAAGAUAGAAAUUGAAAAAACCAUGGACUCUACGAACGGAGAGAAAAUCUUCCAGGACAUCCUGGAACGGGCCGUCGACUUCCAAGCGCAUACCUUCAUCGAGUACCAAAACGGCUUAUGGAACCGAGCCACGGCACAUCCAUCUGAACAGAUUACUCAUAUUUCCUGUUUAUUGCUCGACCACCACCAUAUUUACCCUGACGCUUUCGUCUACAGAGACGGCGCGUAUAUUGCGAAGCGGGAAAUUCCAGCGUUGUGCGCAGCGGAAGGGCAAAGAAGGUUCGAGAAACUGCAUCAGGAAUUUGUUAAACUAGGACUUAUCGAAGAAGAUGCACAAGUGGACGACGAAGAUGAGGGGGACGAUGGGGAUGACGAAGAUGACAACGGUGACAACGAUGCCUGA